GCACUAUGUGGUAUCUCACGGACAUUGUCUUUGUUUCUCAAUUUAGAAGGAAGAUCUGUCUUUGCACACAAGGCUGAACACUGUCAGAGUCAUCUGCAUCAAAGCCGUACCAAGGAGUGAGAGUCAAAGACCCAGUGAAGGAGCUGCUGCGAAGAAAAAGAGGAAAUGCUGCCAGAACGACACUCCCCACCGCAUUGAUGGUUCCCAACAACACUUUGCCAUCAUACACACAUGCAGGGUCUUCUAGUUUCGUAGAAGUCAACCAGAGUUGCCUUAAUGAUUCAUUAGUGGAUGUCAGUGGGCUCUGCACAGGAUGGAUAGCCCAGACCACUAGCACAUCUGCUCUUCAACCUCUGAGUCACUGGACUCCUCCAGACCAACACCACGAUCCUGCCAUCCCGUCCCACAUGGAUAUGUACGUCCAGCCGAUCUGUCCCAGUUACACUGUGGUGGGCCCUUCCCCCAUGCUGACGUUACACACACCUUUCUUCACCAACCUUGCGACCAUGAGUACUUCCAGCUCAGCCCUGCCUCAGGUGGAGGUCCCGGACUCCUCCUUUACGUAUAUCCCUUGGGCUCAGCCUUUAUCCACUAUCUCCGGCUCCGUUGUGCAGGGCCCCUCAAUGCCAGCGGCCCUGUCAGCCCCCCAGCUCUUCCCAGUGCCUCUGACCUUGCCGGUACUCUCACCAGAACUGGAGCCUCAGCAGGUGGAGACUCCCCCAGCCCCCGAGGGCACUCUGGCCCUUGAGAAACUGCUGGAAGAAGAUGAGGGCCAAAAAGAACCCUACAUCUGCAACGCCUCGCUGUUUUCAGAAGAUAUUUAAGAUAUUCGCAUUAGCACU